AUGCUCUGCGCAAUAUCCGGAGAAGCCCCGCGAGAACCCGUUGCGUCGCGCAAAAGCGGCAAUGUCUUCGAGAAGCGCCUGAUCGAGGCACACAUCGCCGAAAACCAUACAGAUCCUGUAACAGGCGAGGAUCUUGCAGUCGAGGACCUUAUUGAGCUCAAAUCACCACAAGUCGUCACCCCGCGGCCGCCGAAUCUCACCUCGAUACCCGCCCUGUUGAGCGCCUUCCAGAACGAGUGGGAUGCUAUUGUACUAGAGACACACACGCUCAAGCAGCAGCUGGCGCAAACGAGACAGGAGCUCAGCACAGCUCUGUACCAGAAUGAUGCUGCGACACGAGUAAUCGCGCGACUGUCGCGUGAGCGAGAUGACGCUCGAGAAGCGCUGUCCAAUGUUACCAUCAGUGGAGGUUCGGCAAGCAAUGGCGAUGCUAUGCAGGUUGAUGGCCAGGCUCUACCAGAAGAGCUAGUAGCCAAGGUCGACGAGACGCAGCAACAACUAUUCUCGACUCGCCGAAAGCGACCAACUCCUGAAGGCUGGGCCACCGCCGAAGACAUCUCCGCUUUUGACCUGACAACCUCUAGCGAACCUCUUUACCCCGGCAGCAGCAAUGUCUCCCUCGAUAAAUCUGGCGACCUGGCGCUCUUUGGCGGCGCAGAUGGCGUGGCGGGCGUUUACUCGUUAUCGCAGGCUAAGGUGCUGCAGGCAUUGAAGGCUGGCAGCGCUGUAACAGCGACAGCGUGGUGGGGACAACGCGCUGUCGUCGGAACCUCAGCGGGCACGGUUAAGAUCUUUGAAAAUGGCAACGAAAUUGCGCAAGUAGGGUCACACGCCGGAGCAGUCACAUCACUUUCUCUCCACCCCAGCGGGAGGAUUUUGGCCUCUGCUGGAGCCGAUAAGCGUUUUGCCCUCCAUGACCUUUCCACCUUCAAGACUGUCUCGCAGGUCUACAUCGAAGCCGACGUCACAUGCUGCUCCUUCCACGUCGACGGUCUGCUCUUCUUCGUCGGUAGCUCCGACGGCAAGAUCCGCAUCUUCGACAUCAAAACCGGAGGUGCCAUGGCUGAGCUCGAAACUGGCGCUCCCGUACUCGCCAUCUCCUUCUCCGAGAAUGGAACUUGGUUCGCGGUUGUGAAUAAGGGCUCGACCAACGUCUCGGUGUGGGAUAUUCGGAAACAACAUGUCGUCAAGGUGCUUGAAUCGGGCAGCCCGGUUGAAAGCACCAAGUGGGACUACACUGGCCAGUACCUCGCAAUUGCUGGUACCGGUAGCGUCUCGGUUCAGCAGUUUACCAAAGCUUCAAAGAGCUGGUCCGAGCUAUUGAGAAAGGCGGUGCCCUCCAAGGACGUUGCCUGGGGCGCGGGCGCUAACAGCUUGGUUGCUUUGACGCCAGAAGGAGGCUUGAGCACCUUGAGCGCUUCAUAG